AUGCUUCAAAAACAUGAAGGAUUAGACGCAGAGGGCCAGGAUUAUGAAGACUCAGCAAAGAGGCAGAUUAAGAAGCACGUCGAAGAAAUUAGGCAAUUCUUUAGAGAGGAUGCCCUCGGACGCAAAAUCGUCAGCCUUUUCAAGGAGUUGAUUGGCCUUUUGCAGUCGGCUAAACAGAAGGCUCGCAGUGCCCUCAGAGCUCACGUGAAGAAAUUGAUCAAAGAGGAGGACGACGAUUAG